CUUCCUGUAAACAAAGCAGCAGCAGCAGCUGUCUGCCACAUUCCUGCGUUUUCGCUCAUUUUCUCCACAGUUCAGCGUUUUUCGGCGAUGGCUCAAGCCGGAGUGGUCCUGGACAAGGACCAGUUCAACUGCUCGAUAUGUCUGGACGUGCUGAGGGACCCUGUGACCAUCCCCUGCGGACACAGCUACUGCUCGGGCUGCAUCCAGAACUACUGGGACCAGGACGACUACUUGGGGAUCUUCGUCUGCCCGCAGUGCCGACACAACUUCAACCCGAGGCCGGUGCUCGCCAGAAACACCAUGCUGGCCGACGUGGUGGAGAAAUUCAAGAAGACUGGGCUCCAGGAGGCCACGACGACUCCUGUGAAUCACAGUUUCGCCGAGGCAGACGAUGUGGAGUGCGAUGUGUGCACCGGGAGGAAAAACAAAGCUGUCAAGUCCUGUCUGGUGUGUCUGGCCUCCUACUGCGACGUCCACCUGCAGCCCCACUACGAGUCCGCUGCCUUCAAGAAACACAAGCUGGUGUCGGCCUCCAAAAAGCUCCAGGAGACGAUCUGCAGCCGACACGACAAGCUGCUGGAGGUUUACUGCCGCACAGACAAACAGUGUAUCUGCUACCUGUGUCUGACAGAUGAGCACAAAGGACACGACACGGUGCUGGCUGAGGCCGAGCUACAGCAGAAGCAGAGAGAGCUCGGAGACAUGAAGCAGAGCUCUCAGCUGAGGAUUCAUCAAAGAGAAAAAGGAGUCCAGGAGAUCAAACAAGCCAUUUUCUCUCUCACUCGCUCUGCUCGGGCAGUAGCAGAGGAGAGCGACGCGGUCUUCACCGAACUGAUCCGGUCCAUCGAGCUGAAGCGUUUUGAGGUGAGGGAGCUGAUCAAAGCUCAGGAGAAGACGGCCGUCAGUCAGGCCGAGCAGCUGCUGGAGAAGAUCCAGAAGGAGAUCGCUGAGCUGAAGAAGAACGAGGCUGAAAUGGACAAACUUUCCCACACUGAGGACCACGUCCAUUUCCUUCAGAGUUGUCAGUCUCUCCAGGCUCCCCCUGUGCUGUCAGCUUUGCCAUCAGUCACCAUUGACCCCGGCCUCACCUUCGGCCCCGUGAUGACAGCCGUGUCAGAUUUUAAAGGACUGCUCCAGGAGGUGUGCCAGGGAGGAUUUGUUAGCAUCUACGAGAGAGUGAGAGAGGUAGAGAUUGUAGGUCCUCAAAAUGCUGCAGGACCACUGGACACAACGCAGCCCAGUCAAGGUGAACCAGCUCUACAUAUGGAAGCACCAGUAGUCAUCCCUUCGCCUGGCCUCGACCAAAGUCCUGUAAAUCCUCUCAAUCCGUUCCUCUCUCCAGGGCCUUCUGUGCCCACCUUUACCUUCUCACCGUUUGGCUCCAAACUCUCCUCAGGAACCAGACAGAGGCACCUUCAGCGACGUGCUCACCCCAGGAGGAAGUAGACUUGUAGCCGACAACAAAAAUCAAAAUUUCACAUGCACCAACACGGGCUGAUUGUCGUAAUACCUCAGUGCUCUUCUCUCACAAAUCUGUGCUGACACUUAUGAAUUGUACAUUUCAUAAUUCGUCUUAGGGUAUUAAUUUAUUGCUGUGUUUUCAGCAAUCAGCUAUACUUGCAUUUUGUAUUAUAGUGCAGGAAGUAAAGAGAUGAGGAAAGUAUUUAAAACCACAGAACAUCACACUGACAAAAAAGUAUCAAAGAGACAGUUGACUCCCAAUUCAAAAAUCAUUUCUUUCUUCUUUUCUUAACUGGAGUGCUAUUUAUCAGUCUAGAUAAUUUCAGUGUGAGCUGCUGAGUGUUGG